CGAGGCUAGCAAGAAGGGCGUGUGCUUUCGGGUUAGGCACAAAACGCAACGGAAUGUGGAGCGCGUUUAACCCCGGGACCGGCAUGGAAAGCGACACCGAGAAGAGAUCACGGGUUAUUGACGAAUUACUCUCAGAUCGACAGAUUUCUACCGCUCUCUUCCAGUGUAUCGCAUUGGAAUUGGAAGAGGUAGGCUCCAGACCCUGCUCCCUGCUUGUGCAGCGCGCGAUCCAACAUCUGGAAGAAGGACGAUGGACGCGUUGUCAUGAGGUUGCUCUCAAAGCUAGGGAGUACGCGUGGGAACAACUGCACAGUGGCAAGUCUUGGCAGACGGUGGCCAAAGUGCACAGAGACGCCUACGGAGUGUCUGGCACCUUGGUGGCUAUAGCCACGUAUAUAUCUGGAGAGGCGGACAGCCUUGACAAUGCAGUAUACGCGCUCGACCUUGUGGCGAUGAUGGCCGGCGGACGUUUCCAGGGCGUCGCAAACACCUUCGUCGAGGCCAUGGAGGCGGAUUCGUUUUCAAAGACAGAUCUGGCACCACCACGUGUUGGUGCAGCCCAGUCACCAUCUUCUGGAGUAGCGCCGGUCGCUACUCGCGCAGCUUCGGUACCGGAUGGAGUCCGCCCAAAGAAGGCCAAACGUGACCGUUCGAUGGCCACGGGUCGGCCAGGCUCGGGUGGAGGCAUUCGCCGUAUUAUAAUGCCCCCGCUGGAUGUGUUCCGAAGAGACUACAUGCAGGCAGAAACACCCGUCAUACUCUCAGGGGUCUUGGAUGGCUGGCCAGCCAUGGGAGCGUCACGGAGCUGGUCGAAUCCAUCGUAUCUUAAAAAGGUAGCGGGGAGGCGCACGGUUCCUGUUGAGUUGGGUGGAUCAUACACAGGAGAAGGCUGGCGGCAGGAGCUCAUGACCAUCGGUGAUUUCAUCGGUCGUUUCAUCGAAUCGCACUCACAGGAAGAGUCCCCUACUGACAAGAAAGGUUGUUCGGACACAGGGGAACGGGGAGAAGGCUCCUUUCCCGGCGGCGUCGCCAAAAAUACGUCAUGUGGAGAAAAGGGCAAGGAAAAGGCCUACCUAGCACAACACCAGCUUUUCGAUCAGAUUCCUGCACUGAGGCGGGACAUCAUGACCCCGGACUACUGUGCUCUUCUUCUCGAAGAUGAGGAAGACCACGGAGACGCGGAAAGCGUCGCCACAAACGCAUGGUUCGGCCCAGCAGGGACAGUAUCACCGCUUCAUAACGACCCGUUCCACAACCUCCUGGCACAAGUGGUCGGCACCAAACGGGUUUUGCUGGUGGACCGAAAAUUAUCGGCCGCAGUCUACCCCAGGCCAGGCCUGAUGAGCAACACCAGUGAGGUUGAUGCCGCGAACCCUGACUUAUCAAAAUAUCCUCGAUUCAAGGAGAUAAUGCCGCUGAUGGAAUGCGAGCUGAGGAAAGGGGAGGUGUUGUACAUUCCUCCGCUAUUUUGGCACCACAUCGAGUCGCUGGAGACAAGCUUCAGCGUUAGUUUUUGGUGGGGCAAGCGGCGUACGCUGUGA